GCGCCCCGCGCCCCGCCGCCCCCGGCGCCCCGCGGCGCCCCCCGGUCCCGCCCGCCAUGCCCGGCCCGGCCGCGGGCAGCAGGGCCCGGGUCUACGCCGAGGUGAACAGCCUGAGGAGCCGCGACUACUGGGACUACGAGGCUCACGUCCCGAGCUGGGGUAAUCAAGAUGAUUACCAGCUGGUUCGGAAACUUGGUCGGGGGAAGUAUAGCGAAGUGUUUGAGGCCAUCAACAUCACCAACAAUGAGAGAGUGGUGGUCAAAAUCCUCAAGCCAGUGAAGAAAAAGAAGAUAAAACGAGAAGUGAAGAUUCUGGAGAACCUUCGUGGUGGAACAAAUAUCAUUAAGCUGAUUGACACCGUGAAGGACCCUGUGUCAAAGACACCAGCUUUGGUAUUUGAAUAUAUCAAUAAUACAGAUUUUAAGCAACUUUACCAGAUCCUGACAGACUUUGAUAUCCGGUUUUAUAUGUAUGAACUACUUAAAACAGCCCUGGAUUACUGCCACAGCAAGGGAAUCAUGCACAGGGACGUGAAACCUCACAAUGUCAUGAUAGAUCACCAACAGAAAAAGCUGCGACUGAUAGACUGGGGCCUGGCCGAGUUCUACCAUCCCGCUCAGGAGUACAACGUCCGCGUGGCCUCCAGGUACUUCAAGGGCCCGGAGCUCCUCGUGGACUACCAGAUGUAUGAUUAUAGCUUGGACAUGUGGAGUUUGGGCUGUAUGUUAGCGAGCAUGAUCUUUCGGAAGGAACCCUUCUUCCAUGGACAGGACAACUAUGACCAGCUUGUUCGCAUUGCCAAGGUCCUGGGUACCGAUGAGCUGUACGGGUAUCUGAAGAAGUAUCACAUAGACCUAGACCCGCACUUCAACGAUAUCCUGGGACAACAUUCACGGAAACGCUGGGAAAACUUUAUACAUAGUGAGAACAGACACCUCGUCAGCCCCGAGGCCCUAGACCUUCUCGACAAGCUUCUGCGAUACGACCAUCAGCAGAGACUGACUGCCAAAGAGGCCAUGGAGCACCCGUACUUCUACCCCGUGGUGAAGGAGCAGUCCCAGCCCAGCGCGGACAACGCUGUACUUUCCAGUGGUCUCACGGCGGCCCGAUGAAGACUGGAAAGCGACGGCCUUGUAAGGAAGCCUCACCAUUUCCCAGCACAUCCCUGUGUGUGCACCGAUUUUAACGCAUCUCUCUGAAACAAAGAUGCUUUGUUCACGACCAUAACUAAAGCUGGGAGGUCGGUCUUAGGUCAGGGAGGGAGAAGGAGGAAAAGGGUUCUAUGAGAAUGUAUUCAGGAAUGACCUAUUGGGCAAAGAGAAAAAUAUAUCUCCCCAUCCCCACCCCCUUUUUGCCUCUUUCUAUCCCCACAAGAAGUAAUUCCCCGCUGUAAUCAGGGUACUCUGCACCUCUAAGCUCUGAUGGGCAGUAUGUGAAUGUGGUGGCAAUGACAAGUCUGUCUCGCCUGCAGGGUCUGGAGGUACAUGGCAGGGCCCCCCACAGCCCAAGCGGCGAGGGCCUUGGGGGAGGAAGUGGGGUUCCCGGAGUGGGGAGCAGAGCCUGGGGCCCCUGUGUCAGCCUUCACGUUAGCAAAGGAAGCUAGAUUUUGUUUUAAGAAGUAAAAAUAGCGCUGAUUUCGUUUGGGGGACUUGACGUUAACAUGAUCUGCAAGCGGUCCCCUCACCCCAGCUGCAGAGCCACGCACGGCCACGGGGACUCGCACAGCCAGGCUGGAGCUGGAGGGGUCUGUCGCCACGUCACGUUAGGAUUUCUUUAUUAACUAUUUAAUAAUGCCAUACUUUUUAUAAGGAUAGAUUGUUUGUUUGGAAGCAUCUGUUUACAUUCCAUAUUCCAAUAAAAUCAUAUUGGUAUUGGUAGCAGGUCCUAUCUCUAAAUGUAGAUUCUAUUUUUGUCAUUUGGUGGGCGGGAACUUGAAAUACAAAUAAAACUCUUAUUGAUAGAGUUGAGCUUACAGAU